UAAUUUGCCGCACGCGAACGGAUUCACUUUUGUGACAACGAUUCCUUUCCUUCUGUCGACCGCGACAACACGACGACUCUCUUCGAUCUGCUUCUCUUGUGAUCUCUACGUUCUCGUUCUCCUAUCCGUUCCUUGGAAUUCAAUUCUGAUAAUCCGAUCUCUCACAUCGUUUCCUUGGUGGUUCUCCGCCCUCUGCCGACGGAUCUCCAGCGCCGCCUCGAACGCCCCGCCUCACGUAUCUGGAUCUGACGUAGCCGCUGCAUGCGCCGCCGCCCCCGCACCAGGAUCUAGCGGCGGGGGGCCGUCUGCGUGCCUGUCUACUAAGCCGUCACUGCGGCUGAUCUCGUAUAGCGGUUGAAGUGAGUUCCUGAGUAGUUCGGGAAGGGCGAGGUAGUAGCUAGGGUUCUUUUUUGGUGUUCGAGAUGUCUCCCGCCACUGCAUCGUCCGGCGGGAAUUGGGUCGAGUCGUACACUGGAAUGUCCUCAGAUAACAUCAAGGGUUUGGUACUCGCGUUGUCCUCUAGUUUGUUUAUCGGUGCAAGUUUUAUCGUCAAGAAGAAGGGGCUGAAGAAGGCCGGGGCUUCGGGACUCAGAGCUGGAGCUGGCGGGUAUUCUUACUUGUCUGAACCACUUUGGUGGGCUGGCAUGAUAGCAAUGAUUGUUGGGGAAGUUGCUAAUUUUGCAGCAUAUGCAUUUGCUCCUGCCAUUCUAGUAACUCCUCUUGGUGCUCUAAGCAUAAUCAUCAGUGCUGUACUUGCAUAUGUCAUCUUACGGGAAAAGUUACAUAUUUUUGGCAUUCUUGGAUGUGCUCUUUGUGUUGUGGGGUCGACUACAAUUGUGCUUCAUGCACCCCAAGAACGUGCAAUCGAGUCUGUGACAGAAGUCUGGGAUCUGGCAACUGAACCAGCUUUUUUGUCCUAUGCAAUAAUUGUGCUCGUAGCAGCCUUGAUACUUGUAUUCCGAUUCGCCCCUCAAUAUGGGCAAACACAUAUUAUGGUCUACAUCGGCAUUUGCUCUCUUGUUGGUUCUCUCUCGGUUAUGAGCGUGAAAGCUCUUGGAAUAGCUUUAAAGUUGACAUUUUCUGGAAUGAACCAAUUGAAUUAUCCCCAAACCUGGGUAUUCACAAUUAUAGUAGUUUCAUGUAUCAGUACCCAAGUGAACUAUCUCAACAAGGCUCUUGAUACAUUUAACACUGCAGUUGUGUCACCCAUAUACUAUGUGAUGUUUACAUCAUUAACCAUUUUGGCUAGUGUGAUUAUGUUCAAGGACUGGGAUCGACAAAAGCCCACACAGAUUGUUACAGAGAUGUGUGGCUUCGUUACCAUUCUAUCCGGAACAUUUCUUCUCCACAGGACCAAGGACAUGGUGGAUGGUUCGCAUCACUCUAGUCGCCUCUCUAAACAUGCCAAUGAAGAUGAUGACUAUUCUUCAGACGGCAUUCCGCUCAAAUCUCCAGACUCGUUUUGGCAACCAUGACAUAUCGAGGUGAUGCCCAUUUUCUGCCGGUACCUCGUUUCAUGACGAUUAGUGUACCAAGAGAAACGGUAACACGUAGCCACGAAGCAAAGGGUCAAACCCCUUGGAAAAGAGAGACAUUGCACAUACAAUGGGGGUAAUUACAUUUAGUUAUAUAUGUAAUUUUAUAUUCAUUUUCUAGAAAAUUAGCUCUUCUGAGACAUGAGUUCGAGUAGAAUAUAGUAUGAUAAAAAUCGUAAAAAUCUUCAU